AUGGCACCGGCCGCGAGAAGGGGCAACAGCUCUUUGCCAGCUGGCUAUGCGGAAGACAAAUCCAAAGGUCCAAUGCUUAGGUUCCAAGCAUCGCUGCCGAAACUACCUGUACCGACGCUCGAAGAGACGGCCGCCCGCUAUGUGAAGUCACUCAACCCCUUGCUAAGCCCGGUCGAGCUGGCCGCAAGCAAGAAGGCCGUCGAAGACUUCAUUAAGCCCGGUGGCGUGGGUCGCAAGCUGCAAGAGAAGCUGGUCGCAAGACGCGAGGACGCCAAAAUCAAGAACUGGAUUUAUGACUGGUGGAACGAGGCCGCCUACCUAUCUUACCGAGACCCCGUCGUUCCCUAUGUCAGUUAUUUUUACUCGCACCGCGAUGACCGCCGCCGGCGGAAUCCGGCCAAGAGGGCAGCGGCUAUUUCAACAGCUGCGCUGGAAUUCAAGAAGCAAGUCGACAGCGGCACGCUCGAGCCCGAAUACAUGAAGAAGCUGCCCAUCUGCAUGGACAGCUACAAGUGGAUGUUCAAUGCCAGUCGUGUCGCAGCCAAGCCCGCCGACUACCCGGUCAAGUUCGACUACCAGACGCACAAGCACCUUGUUGCCAUCCGCAAGAACCAAUUCUUCAAGAUCACGCACGAAAUCAACGGUCAGCAACUAAACACCACGGAGCUCGAGGCACAAUUCGCAAAGGUCUACGAUUUGGCUAAGCGGGUGCCUUCAGUUGGAGCGCUCACAUCGGAGAACCGCGAUGUGUGGACUGAUGCGCGUGAAAUAUUGGUCAACGCCUCGCCGAAGAACAAAGCCGCGCUCGAGGCCAUCGAGUCGGCAUCCUUCGUAGUAUGUCUAGACGAUGCGGCCCCAGUGACCUUAGAAGAACGCGCACACCAGUACUGGCAUGGCGACGGCCAGAACCGCUGGUACGACAAACCCCUACAGUUUAUCGUGAACGACAACGGUACCUCGGGCUUCAUGGGCGAGCAUAGCAUGAUGGACGGUACGCCUACCCACCGCCUCAACGACUACGUGAACGAUCAGAUCUUCAACAACAAGCUCGACUUUAGUAACCCCUCCAAGCGCUCCAACCUGCCUGACCCCGUGGCUGUCGAUUUUGAGAUCACCAAGGAGGUGCAGUCAGAGAUUGACCGCGCAGUAAAAGACUUCAACGAUGUCAUUGGCCAGCACGAGCUCGCUGUACAGGCCUAUCAGGGCUACGGCAAGGGUCUGAUCAAGAAAUUCAAGUGCUCUCCCGACGCAUACGUGCAGAUGAUCAUCCAGCUAGCCUACUACAAAAUGUACGGCAAGAACCGUCCCACAUAUGAGUCGGCCGCCACCCGUCGCUUCCAGCUUGGUCGGACCGAGACGUGCCGUUCUGUAUCGGACGACAGCGUGGCCUUUUGCAACGCCAUGAACGACCCAGCCGCCGAGGAGAAGGACUGCAUUGACCUUUUCCGCAAGGCCGUCACCUCGCACAUUGAGUACAUUGGCGCCGCCUCGGAGGGCAAGGGCGUUGACCGCCACCUCUUCGGCCUUAAGAAGCUACUCGAACCCGGCGAGGAGCUCCCCGCCAUCUACAAGGACCCGGCCUUCGGUUACAGCAGCAGUUGGUACCUGUCGACGAGCCAACUGAGCUCCGAGUUCUUCAACGGGUACGGCUGGAGCCAGGUCAUCGAUGCUGGCUUCGGCAUUGCGUACAUGAUUAAUGAGAACAGCAUCAACUUCAACAUCGUCUCCAAGGGUCUCGGUAGCCAGAAGAUGAGCUACUAUCUGAACGAGGCCGCGGGGGAUAUCCGCGACCUCAUGUCACAGACCUUGGAGACUCCGAAGGCGAAAUUGUAA